AAAAAAAAAAAAAAAACAGAUAACAAAUCAGGUAUAAUGCCAAAGACAAAUAAUUGUGUUUAGCAGUGUAAAGAGUGUCAGUACAGUGUGCCGAACAGUUGAUUGAUCGUGCCAACAGAAACAAGUGCAGUGGAAAACCAUACAAAAAGCCCACAAACACCACACAUCGCUCAAACUAUCAGCAAUUCCGCGCCAUGCGGCUACCUGCGGGAAAAUGGGCCGCCGUAUGAAACUGCCGCCGACUGCCGGUGACGGGAGCUCUUGGACUUGGAGUUGGGCUGCGGCGACAAGCCGCCAGCCGUGUGUGAUUGUGUUGUGCGGUGCGGCCGGACCGACGAACCCUUGCCAAUCCGUCCCCCGGCCCGUAGUAGUGUUUUGACGGGGAGGGCACCCGCUUUCGAUUCGACGCGCGCUUCACCUGCCUUCGGCCCCAGGAUGAUCUUCACCGGUGCCCACGGCCGGCGGCGUGCAGGCAAUGGGCAGAGUAACAGCCAGCGGAACGUGCGCGGCUCCCGCAGCAACGCGCAGGAGCAAUCGCGCGGCCGCAAUCAAUCCCAGCGGCCGUACCUGUCGCGCGACCAGCAGCAGCUCUCACUCCAGUCUGUCCUCUCGUCGACCUCCUCGUCGUCCGCAUCGAGCUACUACUCGGCGUACAGCGAGCAUCAGCCGCUGGUGCGCACGUCCUCCUCCUCCUCAGUGGCAACCAUCGCACCACUUCUUCCGCUCGGCUCUAGCGCCGGCAGCCAAACAGCCCAGCAUCAGCAGCAGCAACAACAGCAAUCACAAGCUAUACAACAACAACAGCAACAGCAGCAACAGCAGCAGCAACAGUUCGUCCAGAAGACCAAAGCCCGGGACAUUACCAAGCGCCGUGGUGCCAUCAAACAUCAAAGAACAAGAUAUUUCUCUUGCAGAACGCACGAGAUCAAUGGGCACAAGUUCGUGGCCAAGUUCUUCCGCCAGCCAACCUUCUGCGCAUUCUGCAAGGAGUUCCUGUGGGGCUUCGGCAAGCAGGGCUACCAGUGUAAGACGUGCCAAACCGCGGUACACAAGAAGUGUCACGAUAAGUUGCUUGGAACCUGCUCCGAAUCUAGUUUUAAUUCCGAAAGUACAAUUUAUUUAAGGGAACGGUUCAAAAUAGACUUACCGCAUCGCUUUAGAGUUUACACCUUUAUGUCGCCGACCUUUUGCGACCACUGCGGCUCGCUGCUGUACGGCUUCUUUCGCCAGGGG